AGCGGCUCCUUAGCCGCCUUGGCGCGGGCACCGCCCACAUUGCGCAUGCUCCCUCCUGCAGCAAGGGCGUCAGCCCCCAUUCAUCCCGCGCGCGGCCGCAGCCCCCUCCUCAAGACCCCUCCCCGAGGGGCGUGCGUCGCGCUUAUGUUUGCGUCAUCACGCUACGCCAUUGCUCGAGCCUGGGAAGAUGGCGGCAGCCGUUCUUAGUGGGCCCUCCGCGGGCUCCCCGGCUGGGGCUCCUGGCGGGACUGGGGGUCUCUCUACGGUGGGGUCGGGCCCGCGUCUGCGUCUGCUGCUGCUGGAGAGCGUUUCUGGGUUGUUACAGCCGCGAACGGGGUCCCCCGUUGCCCCUGUGCAUCCCCCAAUGCACUGGGCCCCACAUUUGCCUGGGCUCAUGUGCUUAUUGCGGCUGCAUGGGACAGUGGGUGGGGCUCAGAAUCUUUCAGCUCUUGGGGCUUUGGUGAAUCUCAGUAAUGCACAUCUUGGUUCCAUCAAAACUCGGUUUGAAGGCCUGUGUCUGCUGUCCUUGCUGGUAGGGGAGAGUCCCACGGAGCUGUUCCAGCAGCACUGUGUCUCCUGGCUUCGGAGCAUUCAGCAGGUGUUGCAGUCCCAGGACUCACCACCCACCAUGGAGCUGGCUGUCGCUGUCCUGAGAGAUCUGCUCCGAUAUGCAUCCCAGCUUCCGACGCUGUUCCGGGACAUCUCCACCAACCACCUUCCUGGGCUUCUUACUUCCUUGCUGGGCCUCAGACCAGAGUGUGAGCAAUCAGCUUUGGAGGGAAUGAAGGCUUGUGUGACCUAUUUUCCUCGGGCCUGUGGCUCUCUAAAAGGCAAGCUGGCUUCCUUUUUCCUGUCUCGAUUAGAUGCCUUGAACCCUCAGCUCCAACAGUUGGCCUGUGAGUGUUACUCCAGGCUGCCCUCGUUAGGUGCUGGCUUCUCCCAGGGUCUGAAGCACACGGAGAACUGGGAGCAGGAGCUGCGCAGCCUGGUGGCCUCACUGCACAGCUUGCUGGGGACCCUGUAUGAGGGAGCAGAGACCGCCCCUGUGCAGAGUGAAGGCCCUGGAGUAGAGAUGCUGCUUUCCCAGUCAGAAGAUGGUAACACUCAUGUCCUCCUCCAGCUUCGGCAGAGGUUUUCAGGACUGGCCCGUUGCCUGGGGCUCAUGCUCAGCUCUGAGUUUGGGGCUCCUGUGUCCGUUCCAGUGCAGGAAAUCCUGGACCUCAUCUGCCGGAUCCUCAGCAUCAGUAGCAAGAAUAUUAACUUGCUUGGAGAUGGUCCCCUCAGGCUGUUGCUGCUGCCCUCUAUCCACCUUGAAGCCUUGGACUUGCUCUCUGCACUGAUCCUUGCGUGUGGAGGCAGACUCUUGCGUUUUGGGGCCCUGAUCAGCCGCCUGCUUCCCCAGGUCCUCAGCACCUGGAGCACCGGGAGGGAUACUCUGGCUCCAGGCCAGGAGAGGCCCUACAGCACCAUUCGGACCAAGGUGUAUGCUAUCUUAGAGCUGUGGGUGCAGGUUUGUGGGGCCUCAGCAGGGAUGCUCCAGGGAGGAGCCUCAGGAGAGGCCUUGCUCACCCACCUACUCAGUGACAUCUCUCCACCAGCGGAUGCUCUGAAGCUGUGUGGUCCCAGAGGAAGCUGUGAUGGAGGUUUGCAGAGUGGGAAGCCAAGUGCCCCGAAGAAGCUAAAGCUCGAUGUGGGAGAAGCUUUGGCCCCCUCCAGUCACAGGAAGGGAGACAGGAACGCCAACAGCGAUGUCUGUGCAGCUGCGCUGCGAGGCCUCAGCCGGACCAUCCUCAUGUGUGGGCCUCUCAUCAAGGAGGAGACUCACAGGAGACUUCAUGAUCUUGUCCUGCCCCUGGUCAUGAGUGUCCAGCAGGGAGAGGUUCUAGGCGGCUCCCCUUACAACAGUUCCUGCUGUCGCCGAGAGCUCUACCGCCUGCUGCUGGCUUUGCUGCUGGCGCCUUCCCCACGCUGCCCGCCUCCUCUUGCCUGCGCCCUGAAGGCUUUCUCUCUUGGCCAAGGGGAAGACAGUCUUGAGGUUUCCUCUUUCUGCUCCGAAGCACUAGUGACCUGUGCAGCUCUCACACACCCCCGAGUUCCUCCCCUGCAGAGCUCAGGCCCUGCCUGCCCCACCCCUGCCCCUGUGCCUCCUCCUGAGGCCCCAUCUCCAUUCAGGGCCCCGCCCUUCCACCCUCCCGGUCCCAUACCCUCCAUAGGUGCUAUGCCAUCUCCAGGCCCAGUCCCUCCAGCAGGCCCCUUGCCCUCAGCAGGCCCCAUUCCCACAGUAGGCUCAAUGUCCUCAUCUGGCCCUAUGCCAUCCACAGGCCCAGUGCCCCCUCGACCUGGGCCUCCAGCAACAGCCAACCACUUAGGCCUCUCUGUCCCGGGCCUGGUGUCUGUCCCACCCAGGCUCCUUCCUGGCCCUGAAAACCACCGUGCAGGCUCCAGUGAGGAUCCUGUCCUUGCUCCUAGUGGGACCCCUCCACCUAGCUUACCUCCAGAUGAAACUUUUGGUGGGAGAGCACCCAGGCCAGCCUUCGUCCACUAUGAUAAAGAGGAGGCGUCUGAUGUGGAGAUCUCCUUGGAAAGCGACUCUGAUGACAGUGUGGUGAUUGUACCUGAGGGGCUUCCGUCCCUGCCGCCUCCACCGCCAUCAGGCAGUCCUCCCCCUGUGGCUCCUACUGGCCCACCAACAGCCUCACCUCCUGUGCCAGCCAAGGAGGAUUCUGAAGAGCUGCCUGCAACUCCAGGGCCUCUGCCCCCACCUCCGCCCCCUCCGCCACCUGUUUCCGGUCCUGUGACACUUCCACCACCCCAGCUGGUCCCUGAAGGGACUCCUGGAGGAGGAGGACCCGCAGCCAUGGAAGAAGAUUUGACAGUUAUUAAUAUCAACAGCAGUGAUGAAGAGGAAGAAGAGGAGGAGGAAGAGGAGGAGGAAGACGAAGACGAGGAGGAAGAAGAAGACUUUGAGGAAGAGGAGGAAGAUGAAGAAGAGUAUUUUGAAGAGGAAGAAGAGGAAGAGUUUGAGGAGGAAUUUGAGGAGGAGGAAGGUGAAUUAGAAGAGGAAGAGGAGGAGGAGGAAGAGGAGGAGGAGGAAGAGUUGGAAGAGGCAGAAGAUAUGGAGUUUGGUUCAGUCGGGGGAGAGGUAGAAGAAGGUGGACCUCCACCCCCAACGCUGCCCCCUGCCCUGCCACCUACAGACUCCCCGAAAGCACAGCCCGAGGCAGAACCUGAACCUGGGCUCUUAUUGGAAGUGGAAGAGCCAGGGGCAGAGGAGGUGCCAGGGCCUGAGACGGCUCCCACCCUGGCCCCUGAGGUGCUCCCCUCCCAGGAGGAGGUGGAGCAGGAGCGGGGAGGCCCUGCAGCAGGGUCUCCUCAGGAGCUUGUUGAAGAAGAGCCCUCUGCUCCUCCUGCCCUGCUGGAAGAGGGCACUGAGGGUGGAGGUGACAAGGUGCCACCCCCACCUGAGACACCUGCAGAGGAAGAGAUGGAGGCAGAAACAGGGGCUGCAGCUCCCCAGGAGAAGGAGCAAGAUGACACAGCUGCCAUGCUGGCCGACUUCAUCGACUGUCCCCCUGAUGAUGAGAAGCCACCACCUGCCAUAGAGCCCGACUCUUAGCCCCUUCUGCACCCUGACACUUUGUAUCCAAUAAAGUUAUGUCUGUAGAUAUUUA